UGCUAGAAUAAUCCUUGGAUUGCUUCCCAGUACUGCCCAGUACGUCCUUUCCCACCGUUUUUCCCGGUACCAAGGUUAGAUCAACAGGGCUGCAGUUUCCUGGAAAGCCCAAGUGGGAUACAGCCGGAGAGAGUCCAGCCCGCACAGACCUCCUGGGGCUUCCAGGACCUUGGGUAGAUGACUGAAGGAGGUUCCUGCUGGGAACCCCAUCCAGCCUCACGGAUAUGGAACUGGCCCAAGCGGUGCCCAGUGAUCCCAGGUGGAAAAUCCCUGUCCCUCCCCGGCCGGGCACAGUUGGACACACAGAUAAGCCGCUGGCACCGCGGGAGGACGGGCGGCUGGAGGUCACUGGGAACAGUUAAAAGCAGCGAGGACGCCCGGGGAGACCAAUUCCCGCAGGAUUCCGCCGUCCCGAGCGGAUCAGUGCGCCCUGACAGGAUGCUGGGCCUGGCUUUGGCCAUGGGGGUCCUACUGGCCCUGCUGGGCUGCACGGCCACGGAGCACUGCGGUGAGUGGGAGAGGGUGGAGACUCGGGAGAGCCCGUGGAUGGGCCGGGGGAUCCCGGUGACCUUCCCUCUCCUUCCAGCGGCCCCGCAGGACCUGGUCUGCCGGUUGCUCCAGAGCAUGGAGGGCUCCAUCAAGCCCGGAGAGGUGCCGAAUCCCAGCAUCCUGCUGGCCAUGAGCCUGCUUGGGGUGGACACCCAGAGUCCCAACUACAAGUUGCUGCUCCAGGAGAUCAAGGAGGAGGUGGUGACGAGAGCCCAGAAAGGUAGGGAAGGGAAUGAGGGAGGGCCCCUGGUCCCGGGGGAUCAGAUUCCUUAGGUUUGGCACUGCCGGCUCCCGGGGGGACAGGUCCCAUCCCACCACGCUCCCGGUGUCCUCUUGUCCCCACAGCCAUGACCUCAGGACAGGUGGC